ACGUAGGGAGGAUCUGUCUCUACGUGACCGCGGACGGUAGACACCGCCAUGGCCCCUGUGCUGAGCAAGGACGCGGCGGACAUCGAGAGCAUCCUGGCUUUAAAUCCUCGCAUACAAACUCAUGCAACUCUGCGUUCCACUGUGGCCAAGAAAUUAGACAAGAAACAUUGGAAAAGAAAUGCUGACAAGAACUGCUUUAAUUGCGAGAAGCUGGAGAAUAAUUUUGAUGACAUCAAGCACACAACUCUUGGUGAGCGAGGCGCUCUCCGAGAAGCAAUGAGAUGCCUGAAAUGUGCAGAUGCCCCGUGUCAGAAGAGCUGUCCAACUAAUCUAGAUAUUAAAUCGUUCAUCACAAGUAUUGCAAACAAGAACUAUUAUGGAGCAGCUAAGAUGAUAUUUUCUGACAAUCCACUUGGUCUGACUUGCGGAAUGGUGUGUCCAACUUCUGACCUUUGUGUAGGUGGAUGCAAUUUAUAUGCCACGGAAGAGGGACCAAUUAAUAUUGGUGGAUUGCAGCAGUUUGCUACUGAGGUGUUCAAAGCAAUGAAAAUCCCACAGAUCCGAAAUCCUUCUCUGCCUCCUCCAGAAAAAAUGUCUGAAGCCUAUUCUGCAAAGAUUGCUCUUUUUGGUGCUGGGCCUGCAAGUAUAAGUUGUGCUUCUUUUUUGGCACGAUUGGGCUACUCUGACAUCACUAUAUUUGAAAAACAAGAAUAUGUUGGUGGCUUAAGUACUUCUGAAAUCCCUCAGUUCCGGCUGCCAUAUGAUGUAGUGAAUUUUGAGAUUGAACUUAUGAAGAACCUUGGUGUAAAGAUAAUGUGUGGUAAAAGCCUUUCAGUGAAUGAAAUGACUCUUAGCACUUUGAAAGAAGAAGGCUACAAAGCUGCUUUCAUUGGAAUAGGUUUGCCAGAACCCAAUAAAGACCAUAUCUUCAAAGGCCUGACGCAGGACCAGGGGUUUUACACAUCCAAAGACUUUUUGCCACUUGUCGCCAAAGGCAGUAAAGCAGGAAUGUGCGCCUGUCACUCUCCAUUGCCAUCGAUACGGGGAGUCGUGAUUGUACUUGGAGCUGGAGACACUGCCUUUGACUGUGCAACAUCUGCCUUACGUUGCGGAGCCCGCCGUGUGUUCAUCAUCUUCAGAAAAGGCUUUGUUAAUAUAAGAGCUGUCCCCGAGGAGAUGGAGCUUGCUAAGGAAGAAAAGUGUGAAUUUUUGCCUUUUCUAUCCCCACGGAAGGUUAUAGUAAAAGGUGGGAGAAUUGUUGCUAUGCAGUUUGUUCGGACAGAGCAAGAUGAAAUUGGAAAAUGGAAUGAGGAUGAAGACCAGAUCGUCCACCUGAAAGCCGAUGUGGUCAUCAGUGCCUUUGGUUCAGUUCUCAGUGACCCUAAAGUAAAAGAAGCUUUGAGCCCUAUAAAAUUUAACAGAUGGGAUCUCCCCAAAGUAGAUCCAGAAACUAUGCAAACCAGUGAACCAUGGGUGUUUGCAGGUGGUGAUGUUGUUGGCGUGGCUAACACCACAGUGGAAUCAGUGAAUGAUGGAAAGCAAGCUUCCUGGUAUAUGCACAGAUAUAUUCAGUCACAAUAUGGAGCUACAGUUUCUCCCAAGCCUGAACUACCGCUCUUUUACACUCCUAUUGAUCUGGUGGACAUUAGUGUGGAAAUGGCUGGAUUGAAGUUUAUAAAUCCCUUUGGUCUUGCUAGUGCAACUCCAGCUACCAGCACGUCAAUGAUUCGAAGAGCUUUUGAAGCUGGAUGGGGUUUUGCCCUAACCAAAACUUUCUCUCUUGAUAAGGACAUUGUGACAAAUGUUUCACCCAGAAUCAUCCGGGGGACCACCUCUGGCCCCAUGUAUGGCCCUGGACAAAGCUCCUUCCUAAAUAUUGAACUCAUCAGUGAGAAAACGGCUGCAUAUUGGUGUCAAAGUGUCACUGAACUAAAGGCUGACUUUCCAGACAAUAUUGUCAUUUCUAGCAUCAUGUGCAGUUACAACAAAAAUGACUGGAUGGAACUCUCCAAAAAGGCUGAGGCUUCUGGAGCAGAUGCCCUGGAGUUAAAUUUAUCGUGUCCACAUGGCAUGGGAGAAAGAGGAAUGGGCCUGGCCUGUGGGCAGGAUCCAGAGCUGGUGCGGAACAUCUGUCGCUGGGUUAGGCAAGCUGUUCAGAUUCCUUUUUUUGCCAAGUUGACCCCAAAUGUCACUGAUAUUGUAAGCAUCGCAAGAGCCGCAAAGGAAGGUGGUGCAGAUGGCGUUACAGCCACCAACACUGUCUCAGGCCUGAUGGGAUUAAAAGCUGAUGGCACACCUUGGCCAGCAGUGGGUAUUGGAAAGCGGACCACAUAUGGAGGAGUGUCCGGGACAGCGAUCAGACCUAUUGCUUUAAGAGCUGUGACCUCCAUUGCCCGUGCUUUACCUGGAUUUCCCAUUUUGGCCACUGGUGGAAUUGACUCAGCAGAAAGUGGACUUCAGUUUCUCCACAGUGGAGCUUCGGUCCUCCAGGUAUGUAGCGCUAUUCAGAACCAGGAUUUCACUGUGAUUGAAGACUACUGCACGGGCCUCAAAGCCCUGCUUUAUCUGAAAAGCAUUGAAGAACUGCAAAACUGGGAUGGGCAGAGUCCAGCCACUGUGAGUCACCAGAAAGGGAAACCAGUUCCACGUAUUGCUGAACUCACCGGAAAGAAACUGCCAAGUUUUGGACCUUAUCUUGAGCAGCGCAAGAAAAUCAUAGCAGAACACAAGAUUAGACUGAAAGAACAAAAUACAGCUUUCUCACUGCUUGAAAGAAACUAUUUUACCCCCCAAAAGCCUAUUCCUACCAUCAAGGAUGUAAUUGGAGAAGCACUGCAGUACCUCGGAACAUAUGGCGAACUGAGCAAUGUGGAACAAGUUGUGGCUAUGAUCGAUGAAGAAAUGUGUAUCAACUGCGGGAAAUGCUACAUGACCUGUAAUGACUCCGGCUACCAGGCUAUACAGUUUGAUCCGGAAACCCACCUGCCAACCGUUACUGACACUUGUACAGGCUGUACUCUGUGUCUCAGUGUCUGCCCUAUUAUUGACUGCAUCAAAAUGGUUUCCAGGACAACGCCUUAUAAGCCAAAGAGAGGCUUACCUUUAGCUGUGAAUCCGGUGUGUGAAGGGGAUUUGUGAAACAGUUGCUGUGAACUUUGAUGUCACCAACAUAUGCUGAUCUUUCAAAAUUGUGAUCAUUGUGUUCAGCUUUUUCCAAAUU